UAAGCAAGAUUUUCUGUUAUCUUUUCAGAAUUCAGACUUUCCCUAGAUUAUCACACCUUCUCCAGUAUAUGGGUGGAGGAGAGGGAAGAAAACAUUUGAAGGCCCCAAAGUUCAAGUUCAGGGCUUUUCAAAACCUGUUUUACAUUCUGUGUUUGCUUUGCAGGGAAUUUCUGUAAUGGAGAAGAAGGAAAGUGAUAAACAUGCCAUUGAUCAGAAUGCAAGUCAGAACAUCGUGCCAAGAAGAAAUAUGGGAAACUUUGGCAACUUGAAUGUGGAUAUGCAAGUCACCAACCCAUCAGAAGCAGCUGCACUUUUUAAUUUACAUCGAGCACACCAUUUUAGUGAGUUUGAACACUCUUCAGAACGACACUGCAAGCAGGAUCUGUUCCCCAAGUGGCACUUACCAAUGAAGAUAGCAUUCGUGCUCUCAUUAUUAACAUUUAUUUACACUUCUAUGCGAGAUGUCGUAUAUCCUUUUAUAACCAAAAAGGAAAACGUUUUCUAUAAAAUUCCGAUCCUUGUCAUAAACAAAGUUUUACCAGUGGUUUCAAUUACCCUUUUAGCACUAGUAUAUUUACCAGGAAUAUUAGCUGCUGGUUUCCAGUUGUACUUUGGCACCAAGUAUAAAAGGUUUCCUCAGUGGCUGGAUAGAUGGAUGUUAUCAAGAAAGCAAUUUGGACUUCUCAGUUUCUUCUUCGCUACAAUGCAUGCCUGCUAUAGCCUAUGCUAUCCAAUGAGAAGAUCAUACAGAUACAAGCUGCUGAACUGGGCAUUCCAGCAGGUAAAACAAAAAAAAGAAAAUGCCUGGAUUGAACAUGAUGUUUGGAGAAUGGAGAUUUAUGUGUCUUUAGGAAUUCUGGGACUUGCUUUGCUGGCCUUGUUGGCAAUAACAUCAAUUCCAUCUGUUAGUCACUCUUUGACCUGGAGAGAAUUCCACUACAUUCAGAGCAAGAUGGGAUAUUUAGCUCUGCUGCUAUGCACUGUUCACGCACUGGUGUUUGCUUGGAAUAAGUGGGUUGAUGUUAAUCAAUUUAUUUGGUAUACACCACCUUCAUUUAUGGUAGCCGUUUUACUUCCUAUUGUAGUUCUGCUUUGCAAAUGCAUAUUACUCCUCCCAUGUUUUAGGAAAAAGAUAAAAAAGAUCAGAUGCGGUUGGGAAGAUAAUGUACAAACCAAUCAAACCAGUGUAACUUCCAGACUGUAGCUUAAAUAUGGACAUAUACUUUGUAUGUAUGAAAAUCUGCUCAAGGCCAUGAAAUGUUCACCCGCAAGCUCUGUUUUCACAUUUUCCAUAGACGUUUCUUUCUCAUUUUUCAUUUCAGCUUCAGGAACAUGGAAUACUUGAUGCAGUUCGAACUUUUUCUAAGACAAAGAGUGGAAACAUUCAUUUUUCACUCUAUUCAUUGUUACGGUAUCUGAUCAUUUAUUUCUUCUGACUCACUCCUUCUAAAAUCCAAGGUCUUCAUUGUCUCAAUCCUAAUUCUUUCAAAGGCAAAAGCAAUCAUAAAGCAUUGUUACAGAUGACCACAGAAAGUCAAUAAAAAAUUACACCACAAAACCC